CGUCACUCCAGAAACCCCCCCUCUGUCUCUCUCGCCACAAACCCUAGAGAGGAGGAGCCACAGGUCGCCGCCGCCGGCCGCCGCCGCUGCCUGCAGUGACGCGACCGGCCACCUCCCUCCUCUCCUCCUCUCCUCUCUCUACCUCAUGUCCUCGACGCGACCUCCACAAGAGACCUGCAGCACCUCCUGUCGCCAUCUCCCUCCACGUCCUGGCACCUCUAGCCGCCAUGGCGCUCGACCAGGAGGACCCUGAAGAGGUGCUUCACUCCAGCGCGGAUGCAACUCCGGUGGAUGGGGAUGGUUUAUAAGAAGGCACCGGCAUUGGGUCUCGUGCGCCGACGCCUUCUCCUACCUCCAAGCCCGUGCGUCUUCAGCCACCAUCAACGGGGCAGGUUCCUGGGCGCAGCUCCACUGUUCCCGGUUGCAAGGUGGGGCGUGGUCGUGGUGGUGCCACACCUGCAACGGCGGCGAGAAGGGCAGCAAAUCCAGCAGCAAAGCAUCCAAUUCGUGAUACAAACAAUGGCCAAGUAGAUGAGUCCAUGCAUGACACGAGUCACACAACAACACCAAUGGAUGAAGAUGGAGAUCAUGUUAUUGUUUCAGAUGAUGAAGAAGAGGAUGAUGUGGAAGAGGUGGAGGUGAUACCUUCUAAGCGCAAGCUCACAUCUAAGGUUUGGUUGGAAAUGAAGAAGAUGAGGAUCAAUGGUGAAUGGAAGGCCAAGUGUAAUUGGUGUCACAAGGUACUUACCGUGGGAUCGAGGAAUGGAACUAAGCAUCUUCGUUUGCAUCUUGAUAUUUGCACUCUUAAGAAGUUGAAGACCAAGGGAGGUAAAACUUUGAGUCAAUCCUCAUUGAAGGUGUGUGCGGAAGAGGAUGGGAAAGUGAGCAUGGAGAGCUAUACUUUUGAUCAAGAUUAUGCUAGAGUUGAGCUUGGCAACAUGUUGGUGUUGCAUGAUUAUCCCUUGUCUAUGGUAGACCAUGUUGGUUUUAGGAGAUUUGUUGCUGCCCUUCAGCCGUUAUUCAAGCUUCAUACAAGAAAUACUAUCCGAGGUGAUAUUGUGGGAAGAUACAAAAUGGAAAGGAAGAAGGCCAUCGAGUACAUGAGUAUGAUCCAAUCAAGGGUUGCUGUCACCACUGAUAUGUGGACCUCUGACAGCCAAAAGAAGGGAUAUAUGGCUAUCACAACCCAUUUCAUUGAUGAGUCGUUGAGGCUAAGGAACAUUCUCAUGAGGUAUAUUGUAGUGAAAGCAUUAAAUAUUGUGGGUUGCCUAUUUUCAGCUUUUGCCAACUCUCAAACUGCUGUGUAUGUGUGCAUAUUGUAGGUUUAUUUAUGUUCCUGCACCACAUAAUGCACCUAUUUGCAGUCUACGAACUUAUUUGUGUGUCGAACUUUGUGGUUGAAAUGACUAUGCGUGUGCUUAAAUAUUUCCAAGUGCUGAAACUUGACAUAUGUGCUGAAAUUCUAAAA